CAAUAAUAAAUGGGAAACACCCAGAAUACUUUUUAAAAAUAUCUUUAAAACAAAUAUAUAGAAAUCCUCUAAUGUAGACUGUUUCUGGAAUGUGCUGUUAUGAAGAGCAUGAGAUAUUAUCCCCUGCAAAUAAUUACUAAACGAUCGAACAAGGUGUGCAGUACUCAGACAAUUGCUUUGGUCAUGUGGUGGGGAGCAACCAUUUACUUCGUUAUGUUAGGCUGUGUGUGUGGAGAUAAAACAGUUUCUGCUACGGUGGAGAAUAAUACUAUUACCACCUCGUCCAUUCCAAGGUCCUCUACGGAAAACGUGACAUCAUCGGUGAUAUCGACAUCCAGUACCAAUUUUCCUUACACACAAACUUUCACACACUCGCCAUCAACUGAUGUCUUUGUAACUUCCUUCUCGCUGGAAAGUGUGAUCAAUACAAAUCAGUCCGUGGUAACAAAAUCAUUAGAUGUAUCUUGGUAUGCAAGUUUUUCGAAUUCUUUGGAGACAACGUCAACGAGUUACGAAUCCAAUUCGACAAACACACUGCAGCCGGAGUCUUCUGCCUCAACCAGCCCUUCACAAGUCACCAGUGUGGAAUCUUUACUUCCUUCCUCAAACUCUUCCAUUCCAGUUGAAAGCACAACAACAGAAAACUUCACAUCCAGUGAAUCCGUUUUACCUAGUGCUUCUACUACAUACCCAUACACAUCUACUAUUGCUUCCAGUUUCCAAGAAAGCAGUUCAAUUUAUCCGUCAUCCAGUGAAACAGAAAUGUUAUCUACCACUACGCCAUCCUUGUCAUCAGUCGCUAACUAUACAACUAUCAGAAACACUGUGUUAUCCUCGACAUUCACCCCUACAGAAACUGCCCCAUCUCCAACAUCCAGCAACGUAAUGUCAUCAUCACAAUCUUUUAAUACUCAUGUAAUACAGGUAUCAACCUCAUAUUCUGACAUCGAAUCAAGGUCUAUUUCGUCAGUCUUGUCUCAAUAUGACUCAAUUUCUCGAAGUACGGAGACGAUAAAAGACACGGCAUCUGUUGAAUUCUCUUCCAUACUUUCGUCUACAAGUUCUAGUAUUCAUUCUGCGUCUUCUCAAUAUUUUCCAAAUAAAACCGACUCAGUGGCUAGCUCUUUACUAACGACUGGCAAUGCAAGUUCCUCUUUUUCUGAUAUAACAAGGAUUCCGCCACAAACUACGAGUCCCUAUUUGGAGAGUUCUGUCACACAAAUUACCGAUACUAGUCACUUCAUUUCCUCAACCGCGUCUGAACGCGCAGACUCGACAUCGUUUUCUACAGACAUUUUCGUUAGCAAAUCUUCAGCUGCUUCUAGUGUCUACACAUAUCUACAGGAAUCAAGUACCAAAACAUCCAUUGCACCGACUUCUAUCAAAGAAAUCGCUACCCAGACUCAACUUCCAUCAAGAAUUCAAUCUUCUAUUCAUCCAACAUCGAGUCCGCCUUCUUCAUCAAUCCUUAGCAGUGACUCUACAUUCCCUGUUUCUACACAUUCCAUUUCUUCCACAAAAGACACAACUGUUCCAUACUCAGCAUCCCUCUAUAGCCAAAACGUGACAUCAAGUUCUUCGCACAUCCUCACGACCACUGAAUCUAUACCGACAACUCAGAGAACAGAUGGAACGUCCAAAGACUUGGUUGUUGUAAACCACACAUUUGAGAUGAUAUUCGAGGGUAACUGUGAGCCACUUGUAAAAGACAAAAGUUUAUUGAAAACUUUCUGGGAUCAGUUACAAGAAAAGAUAAUCCAAAAACUGAAUGAUCCGAAAAUUUCAGUCAGUGCUGCAAAUAUCGUUUGUAAACCUUUAAGAAUUUCAUUUACACUUUACCAGAUACCUGCGAAAAAAUUAAUCUUUAGCUCUUUGAAAGAAUUAGUUAGAUAUGUUAAUAUAAAUGUUACCGUAUUUGGACAAACGGAACAUUACAAAGCUGUUCAAGUAAAUGAGGCGCCAUCUGUGAUGGACAAGGAUAAGGAUGACCUGGAUGGAUUUGAGGAGAUAGACCUCAUAGUACUUAUUACCGCCGGCGCCUUUUGUCUUGUUUUGGUAUCCGCAGGACUUGUUAUUUGUAUACGAGAAUCCUACAGACGCAAAAGAACAAGAACUUUUGAACUGGCGAAUAAAUAUCAAGCAGAGGAUUUCACCCUCACCAAAAUUCCGCGACCUGCGGUCAAUUAUACAGAAAAAGGCGAGGAUAUUCACUCUAAUGGCCAUAACAGUGGUGACCAAAGUGCUGCAGAAAGAGAAACACUUAUGGACAGUUUACAUCUCCGGGUCAAUUCUAAUGAGAAUGGACUGAUGGUAGGUAUUACUGGAACGCUGGAAAGACAGAAGGCCGAGCCCGACUCUUCUCCGGCACCGUCAAUCACAGACAGUGAGCACCUUAAAGUUCCACUAGUUUCCAGGCAGGAGGAACCCUUUCAGAGCCAGGAUAAUCCUAUCUACUACAUCGAUGAUGAACACAUUGAUUAAACAGACAUAUCUUAUUAUAUUGAUGAUCUACAGUGCUACAGAUGAAUAAGAUGAUAAAUUCCACCUCAAUGUCUAUGAAUAACAGAAAGUGUUCUCAUUUAUCUUUGGAAAUACAUUUGAUGAUAGAUCUAUGCUAUAUAUCAAAAUUUUAAGUGUUUGCAUGAAGCAGAUAUAUAUAAGUUAUAAUGAUUAAGCUGCAGUUGCAAUUCAUCAUAUUAUAAUCUUGUAAAGUAUUAUUGUGUAAAUCCAGGAAGAAAUACUCAUCCAAGGUUAAAAUGGUGUACAAUUCAUAUAGUACUGGAGAACAUUAAUAUAAAAGUUUUAUGGGAAUAAUAUAAUGCAAUAUUUUUUCUUAACCCAUAUCUCCUUUUAAGAGAUUAUUUGAUAUCAAUAUACCCGGUUUCUAUAAAUAUAUAUACAAUAUAAACAUUUCAAUGCAAUUCAGAUAUGUGCAGGCACAUUUGUUACUUAUAUUAAACACAUAUUUUCAAAAUGUUCUCUUUCAUAAAAUAAACCCUAUUAAAUAUA